UUCGAAGAGAAUGUCGAAUUCUUCAUCAUCUGUAGACUUGGAGAAUGUGGACUCUGUUAGUCUCAUGACUGAGCUUCUUUGUCGUAUGAAGUGUUCUACCAAACCUGACAAACGUCUUAUUCUCAUCGGUCCACCUGGGUCAGGGAAAGGUACUCAGUCACCUAUUAUUAAGGAUGAGUAUUGUUUGUGUCACUUAGCGACUGGGGAUAUGCUAAGAGCUGCUGUUGCUGCUAAGACACCUCUCGGAGUUAAGGCUAAAGAGGCUAUGGAGAGAGGAGAUCUUGUUUCUGAUGACUUAGUUGUUGGCAUCAUUGACGAAGCAAUGAAGAAACCAUCAUGUCAAAAAGGGUUCAUUCUUGAUGGGUUCCCAAGAACAGUAGUUCAAGCAGAAAAGCUUGAUGAGAUGCUUGGGAAGCAGGGAGCUAAAAUUGACAAAGUGCUGAACUUCGCGAUUGAUGAUUCCAUCUUGGAGGAGAGAAUUACUGGUCGGUGGAUCCAUCCUUCAAGUAGGAGCUACCACACAAAAUUUGCACCCCCUAAAGUUCCCGGCAUUGACGAUGUCACUGGAGAGCCUUUGAUUCAGAGGAAAGAUGACACCGCUGAGGUUCUCAAAUCGAGGCUGGAGUCAUUCCACAGGCAAACCAAGCCGGUCAUUGAUUACUAUGGGAAGAAGGGCGUUGUUGCUGCACUUCAUGCCGAGAAAUCUCCAAAAGAUGUGACUUCAGAGGUUCAAAAGAUUUUUUUUGUUGGUGGUGGUGCACAACAGAUAUCGAAACAAACCAGCAUCUGUAUCAGAUUCGCAACAGACCUUCCAUGACUCUCGCGUCAACCACCCUACUGGCAAGAUGAAGAAGGCAAGAAUUAGGAAACCCAUCCUCCUUAUAUGCCUAAACCUAUAGACUAAAGUGUGUCGCAGUGGGUCUAAUCCCAUUAGAAAUAUAAGGAUCACAACAGUAAAGAUGCAACUUUCUCACAAUAGCAUUCCAUCAAGUUCAUUUAUUUCAAAAUAUGUAGCAAAGCAUCAUGGAUUCAAUGCCGACAAUUUUUGUUGUUGGUGCUGGUGCACAACAGAUAUCGAAACAAACCAGUAUCCGUCUCAGAUUCGCAACAUCCCUUCCAUGACUCUCGCGUCAACCACCCUACUAUCAAGAUGAAGAAGGCAAGAAUUAGGAAACCCAUCCUCCUUAUAAGCCUAAACCUACAGACUCAAGUGUGUCGCAGUGGGUCUAAUCGCAUUAGAAACAUAAGGAUCACAACAGUAAAGAUGCAACUUUCUCACAAUAGCAUUCCAUCAAGUUCAUUUAUUUCAAAAUAUGUAGCAAAGCAUCAUGGAUUCAAUGCCGACAGUAAGUUCAUACAUGCCAUCAGUCUCUUUGAGAAACAUUCUCGCAUCCAUGGUACAUACUUCGUCAAACAUGUUUCGCGAAGCAUUGCAUGAUUUCCAAGCAUCCAUAAACUUAUUCUCUCUUUAAAAGAGUUUUCAAGAUAAUCACAUUGCAUGUAUAUCCUUAGGAUGUCUUUGAUUUGUGCUGGAGGGGUAUGUACGACGCCUGAUAAAAAAAAUCUAUUGUAAGUAAGUCGAGAAUGUUUUCAUUUUUGGAACAUAGGGAGGUAAUUUUUAUUGUAAUUUUUCA